AUGGGAUUUGAGAAAGUGUGGCUGGUGGCAUGCUGUGAAUAUUGCAACUUGCGACAGGCGCACAAUCUGGCAGAAGACGAUUCCACAAGCGCCGAUCAGGCAUAUAAGGUUUUCACAUCGAAGGACAACCAGGAAGACGAUUCGAAGCCGCAGCAGUGGGAGGAAUUUGGCCACAACUUUGAACCUGGAGAGCUUGAACUUCUCAAGCAAAGUAUCGCCCAAAUGGCUCUCAGCAGGAUCGACGGCCAGGAUGAGCUAUUCGUCGGAGGACUCUGGGCUUUGCGCCGCUCAGACUCGCUGACGGAUCGUCGCAUCACGCAUGUCCUCUCCCUCGUCCCAUUCGACAUAUCAAGCCUCAAAAACUUCAAGGACGAACCAUGGAUCGACUACGGAAAAGACCUACAACACCAAGUUAUCGACAUUGACGAUGUGGAAGACGCUGACUUGCUGAUUGAGCUGCCCAAGGCUGUCAGAUUCAUCGAGGAAGGUCUAGGCGCGAGCUGGCUUGCGAAGGAUGAGGAGGAUGGGGGCGUCUCAAAAGAGGAGGAAGAGGAAGGGAGGCGUCUUUGUUCACUGCGAUAUCCAAGCCGUUUCGACCCUAAUAUCACGCCGACUGCCAUUUCGGAUCCGACCCACUCGGUUCCCCAGACUGAAGAGAAGCGUUCGAGAAAAGAUACCGCUAAAGAGGCUGUCCAUGCUGCACUUACGUUUGUGCGCAGAACUCGACCCAUGGCUGAACCCAAUGAGGGCUUCAUGGAGCAGCUAGCCUUGUGGUGGGAGAUGGGUUGCCCGGAUGAUAUCGAAGGACACCCUGUCUAUCAGCGGUGGGCUUACAAGCGUGAAAUCGACGAGAACCUUGCAGUAGGCCAGGCACCGACAAGGCUUCGCUUCGAAGAUGAAGAGACCCAGCCUCGUGAUGACUCGGGUCUUAGUCUACGAUGUAAGAAGUGCCGUCGAACUUUGGUCACGGCACCCUUCAUUGUGGAGCACAAGCCUUCUGACAAGAAGUCCUCGGCGUCUACAUGCCAGCAUUACUUUGUCGAACCGCUUAGUUGGAUGCGCGGGGUCCUUGAACAGGGAGAGCUCAACGGAAGAUUAUUAUGCCCCAAUGCAAAGUGUGGCGCUGGUGUAGGCCGGUACGACUGGAAGGGUUUUCGGUGCUCCUGCGGCGGAUGGGUGACGCCGGCGUUCUCGCUACAGAAGGCGAGAGUCGACGACGUCGUCAAGCGGCCGGCGACUCAGAGCAUGGGGAUCCGGAUGCCGCCCGGGUUAGCUCCACGGAGCGGAAACUUGUGA